CGCGACCCAGGGCAACAUUUAGAAAGUGAAUUAAUAGGCCGAUAUUAAGUUAAAUAGAACAGUAUAUCCUGAUAACAGAGACAAAACGGUUAGCUUUGUUGAAUGUGUUUGCGUGAACUAAUGUUAUGCAUAUCUGCCCAUUCAACUCAGCUGUCGUUCACCCUUGACGGGAUAUAUUAACCCCUUAACGCAAAACAAAGUAGAAGGCUAUAAUUGCACGUGUUUUAUUUUUGGACGUAAAUCUGUCAUGCCCCUGAAUUGAUAGCAAAGUCUACAUCUUUAAAGACAACGCAACAUAAUGAAUGUGUGCGGCGCUGCUCGGUUCUGGUUGAUCCAGACACGCAGUGCAGUGAGAGUCCUUCAACAGAACCGAACUGUCUGCAGCCACACUGAUGGAUCUGCUGGGGACAUCAGAGAAAAACUCCGGGCUUUCACAGGAGGUUCCAUAGAGCUUCAGAAACAAGAGUCAGGCAUUGCAGUGCUCACUGUCAACAAUCCAGCACGCAUGAAUGCCUUCACAGGCAGCAUGAUGCUUGAACUGGAGGAGCGGGUGCAUGAACUUGAGACCUGGUCAGAAGGGAAAGGUGUCAUUGUGCAGGGAGCUGCUGGGACCUUCUGCUCUGGAUCUGAUCUGAAUGCAGUCAGAGCUAUAGCAAACCCACAUGAUGGCAUGAAGAUGUGUGAGUUUAUGCAGAGCACUCUGACACGACUCCUCAGGUUGCCACUCAUCUCCGUGGCACUGGUGGAGGGAAGAGCGUUGGGUGGUGGAGCAGAACUCACCACAGCCUGUGACUUUAGGUUAAUGACAUCAGAUGGUGUUAUCCAGUUUGUUCAUAAGCAUAUGGGUUUAGUACCUGGAUGGGGUGGAGCUGCAAGACUAGUUCGUAUUGUUGGCAGCCAGAAUGCCCUGAAACUGCUUGGCGGGGCUAAGAAGGUUGAUCCAGACUUUGGAAAACAGAUUGGACUGGUUGAUGAGGUGCUUCACUGCUCCUCUGAUGAGCGCAAUACUCGAGCUCAUGCAGAGCAGUGGCUGAACCAGUUCAUUAAAGGGCCGGCUCCAGUGAUCAGAGCCGUGAAGAAAGUUGUCAUCUCAGGAAGAGAGCUUCCAUUUGAUGAAGCCCUUAAAACUGAGAGAAAUGUGUUUGGGACAGUAUGGGGUGGACCAGCCAAUCUUGAGGCACUGGCUUUGAAAACAAAACAUAAGUGAUUGAAAAUAUCAUCAUUAUUGCUUAAUCUUAAAACUAUUACUCAGUGCUUGGAGGAUUUACUCAGAUCACAUGAUAAAAUGAGAGUAAUUGAAAAGUACCUGGAUUGCUUUGUGGAGUCAAUGUUGUCUGCACUAAACACACUAGUAAUUGAAUAUAAUCCA